UUCACCUCCGACCGCUACGUCAUCCAUCAAAAAGAAACAAAAGGCGACGCAUUCAAGCCCGAGUCGCGGCUAGUGCAUUUGAUUCUCGCUGCUGUGAUCCUGCCUGCGGGAUUUAUCAUCUACGGAUGGACGUUGGAUUAUCAUGUUCAGUAUAUCGUGCCACUGGUUGGAACGUGUCUUGCUGGCUUCAGCAUGACGCUUUCUGCUAUUCCAGCUGAGACUUAUGUCGUGGAUACAUAUGAGAUUCAUGGGGCUUCGGCUAUUGCUGCUGGGGUAAUAUUCCGGGCUAUUGCAGGGGCGUUUCUGCCCUUGAUCGGCCCGGCCUUGUAUGACAGUAUCGGGCAGGGAUGGGGAAAUACGGUGCUGGCUUUCAUUGCGGCGGCUUUCAUUCCGCCGUUGGGAGCGCUGAUGAUAUAUGGGGAUUGGUUUAGAAGUAAGGAGCGAUUCGGCAGGGAGGGACGGUAG